AUGCGACUUUUCACAAUCAGUCGUCGUGCUGGUCUAGGCCGGCUUUCACUUCGCUGGAAUGGAAUUCCUCGUCGUCACUUGACUAUGCUACACCCACCCAGGUUCAUUAAUGAAAAACCGCUUGAUUAUGGAAAGAACUCCCCCGAAAGGGCCGAGCUCACCAAAGCCAUCGAAAAGCUGAAACGAGAACUCCCUCUUACGAUCCCAAUUCAGAUUAAUGGAGCAGAGGUUCAAACAAAACAAUCAAAACUCCAAGUCAACCCCUCCAAACACAGUGAGAUAGUCGCCAACUAUGCUUCCGCGAGUGAAGAUCAAGUCGAUGCUGCCAUAGACGCCGCCCUCAAAGCCAAGCCCGCAUGGGAGGCUAUGCCCUUCGAAGACCGCGCCGCAAUCUUUCUACGAGCCUCGGAGCUCGUGACUGGGAAAUACCGCGCGGAGAUCGUCGCUGCUACAAUGCUCGGACAAGGCAAAAACAUCUGGCAGGCAGAGAUCGAUGCGGCAGCAGAGACGGCGGAUUUCUUCCGCCACUACAUCCACGAGGCCUGGGCGCUCUUCUCCCAGCAGCCAAAAAUACAAACGGAAGGAGUCUGGAACAAAAUGGUAUAUCGCCCCUUGGAAGGCUUUACAUAUGCCAUUGCUCCGUUCAAUUUCACUGCGUUGGGAGCGACCCUGAUUGGACCAGCCGCACUACUCGGAAAUGUCGUUAUCUGGAAGCCAUCCGACUUCGCACUACAUGCUAGCUGGCUGCUUCACAAGAUUCUGCUUGAAGCGGGCUUACCGAAGGACGUAAUUCAGUUCCUCCCUGGUGACGCUGAGGAGGUCACCAAUGUCAUCUUGAAAAGACCUGAGUUCAGUGCGUUGACUUUCAUUGGAUCAACGGCUACUUUCAAAGGAAUUCAAAAGAAGAUCGGGGAUGGUAUCGGGCAGGACAUCUACAAUUCCUACCCUCGUGUUGUUGGUGAGACCGGCGGCAAGAACUGGGGAAUUGUUCACCAUUCAGCAGAUGUGAGGAGCGCCGCACUAAACACCAUUCGCGCUGCCUUUGAGUAUCAAGGACAGAAGUGCUCGGCCAACUCUCGUGUUUACGUGGCGGAGUCUGUCUGGCCUGAAUUCAAAAAAGUUUUAAUUGAGCAGACGGAAGCUUUGAAGAUUGGCCCCGUGGAAGAUUACAGUAACUUUAUCAACCCAGUUAUCCACGAGAGGUCCUUUGAUAAGCUCCAGAAGGUGAUUGAGGAUGCAAAGACCGACUCAGAACUUGAGUUGAUUUUGGGUGGCAAGGCAUCCAAGGACGAGGGGUACUACGUGCACCCCACUGUGUAUCGGACGUCCAAUCCACAUCACGAGAUUAUGUCCAAGGAACUGUUUGGACCGAUCUUGUGCAUUUAUGUGUAUCCUGAUGCUGAGUGGGAGCAGACAUUAAAGCUGGUGGAUACUACAUCCCGUUAUGCUCUGACUGGAAGCAUUUUUGCAAAGGAUCCUUAUGCAAGCCGCCAGGGACAGACGGCAUUGAGACACGCCGCGGGUAUGUUGUAUCUCAACACAAAGUGCACCGGAGCUACGGUGGCACAGCAGCCAUUUGGUGGUAGUCGUGACUCGGGAACCAACGACAAGACUGGUACUAUGGCACACUUACAGAGAUUUGUGAGCACACAGACAAUAAAAGAGGAGUUUGUUCCGCUGGAGAAGGUUGGAUAUCCUUCCAAUGAGGUUUGA